AUGAACAGCAGAAGGUGGAAGGAGGAGCUGGUAAGGAUGAUUUUUGAAGAGGAAGAGGCUAAUUUGAUACUGUCUAUACCCAUUAGUCGUGGGAGGGCAAUGGAUAGACUGAUAUGGGAGCCUGAAAAAAAUGGAAAAUACUCUAUAAAGAGUGCUUACCUUAUGGAGCUAAGGGAGAGAGAGAGAAUAAAUGGUGAAUCUUUUGAGGUAGAUAAAGAGGCUGAGUUGUGGAAGCAAUUGUGGAGACUAGAAGUUCCAGGGACUGUUAAUCAAUUUUUAUGGAAGGUUGCUAAUAAUAUCCUUCCCACAAACCUAAAUUUAUGGAAAAAGAGUAUUGUAAAGGAAUCAAAUUGUCCUAUUCGCUUGAUGGAUGUGGAGUCUGUGAUGCAUGCAAUUUGGAAUUGUCCUGCAGCUUCUGAUGUGUGGGCAAAAGAGGGGAGUCCCGUAAAGAAGUGGUGGUCUGGGGAACAAAGUUUCACUCAGUUAUGGACUGAUAUGUAUAGAAAAUUGACAAAAAAUAACAUUGAAAAAAUGGUUAUGAUUAUGAAGAAUAUAUGGUAUAGAAGAAACAAGUUUGUCUUUGAAACUGAAUUUUUAAAUCCUAAACAGGUUGUACAGAUAGCAACUAUAAGCCAAGAGGAAUACUCGUUGGCACUAAAGAAAGGGACUGGUGGAGCAAAAUAG